AUGAUAAGAUUUCAGCUGAACAAUGCAGUGAAGAAGCCGGAGCCCAAAGGUAUCAAGAAGUUGAUCAAGGACUACGGAUAUUCAGCUUUGGGUGUCUACCUCACUUUAAGUAUGUUGGACUUGCCGCUUUGUUAUUUACUUGUUCACCUGAUGGGCAAGGAGGAGAUCCAGCUGUAUGAGAACAAGGUGAAGCAGUACUUUGGCUACGGCAAGAGUGACGAACAAUUAGAGAAGGAACAAGAGAUUGAUAGAAUUCACGAGCAACAUGAGCCUGAGCCCGAGGGAGCCUGGUUUCCUUGGUUUUCCUGGACCGAGUUUGCUAUAGCAUAUGGUCUCCACAAGUCUGUGCUUAUCUUUGUCAGAGUGCCAUUGACAGCAGCCUUGACCCCACUGAUUGUCAAGUUGUUGCAAAGAUGGGGCUUCAAUAUUGGCUCUGCCGCUAAGGCUACACCUAGAUUCGGGACCAAAGUCACUAAAAAGAACAAGUGGUUCUCCUGGUUUUUCUAA